CCAGAAGGUCUGAAAAUCAUCCGGUGUUCUUUAGCGCUGAAAUUGACAGUCCUCGUGUCUCGUAUUUCCAUUGAGCACAUAAUCAUUUAAAUAUUACACUGCAGUAGCAAGAAAUAGCCCGGCUUCACGUAUUUGACAAGUGGUGCUGCAAAUAUGGGGAAAGUUGAAGGAGGAAUGAAAUGUGUGAAAUACCUUCUUUUUAUAUUCAACUUCAUAUUUUGGUUGAUGGGCUCUCUGGUCCUGGCCGUGGGACUCUGGCUGAGGUUGGACCCAGAGGUGGUCUCACUGCUCAGUGAUGAGGGAGCCCCAGACACCUUCUUCAUCGGUGUAUACAUCCUGAUCGCUGCUGGAGCACUGGUGAUGCUUGUGGGCUUCUUUGGGUGCUGCGGGGCCGUCAGGGAAUCCCAGUGCCUUCUGGGUCUGUUUUUUGCCUGUCUCCUGAUCAUCUUCGGAGCUGAGGUAGCCGCAGGUGUGUUUGGAUUCUUGAGCAAAGACAAGAUCAUUGAGGAUAUUCAGAAUUUCUACGCAGAGUCCAUCAAGGAAGACAACAAUGGCACAAUGAUCCAAAGCUACAACAAAGUCCUGGGCUGCUGUGGCACUCAGGACUCCGCUUGUCCAGACAGCCCUGACUUAAAGACCUGUGACGAGGCCAUCAGUGAGUUUUUUAACAGUAAACUCUUCAUCGUUGGAUACGUUGGAAUAGGAAUCGCUGGUGUUAUGAUUAUCGGCAUGAUCUUCAGCAUGGUUCUGUGCUGUGCGAUACGGAACAGUAGAGAAGUGAUCUAAGCUACGGGCGCAACCACCCCACCCCCAUCCCAGAACCUCGGGCUCUGCCCUAAACCCCUUUUGAAUCAUCACAAGAGCCUUGACAUCAAAUCCACCAGCAUGAAAGAUCCCCACUGGCUGUCAGUGGAGUUUGUGCCCUCCUUUCCAUAAACCUUAAGAAUGAGACUAGUGCUUGUUUUAGAUGGCUGAAUGCCAUGACACCUUUUAUAACGUGUUAGGACAUGGGACUCUUCUUUUUUUUUUUUUUUUGUCAUUUUUUUUAAAUGCGUCGUUAUUUUGUUAUAUUGCUGUAAUAUCAAUAACGUAUCAUGGUUAUGGACAUUUGUUCUUCCAUUGAAACAGUAAACUUAUGUCUAAAUAUAUCUUUGGAUAUAGUAAGUCUGUGAGGGACUGUAACUAUGUUUUAUUCCCAUCCUAGAUCAACUAUUUACAGCCCUACAGCAUUCAAGUGGAUUGUAUGUAAUUGAGUCAGAAAUUCACACUGAACUAUAUCUGGAGGCCUCUACUUGGCCUCAGAUGUCAGUUUAAAAAUAUUAUGUAAUGUGAAACCAUGGAGUAUGUAAGGUCCAAUGGAGGAAUGAUUGGUUAACAGAGCAGAGAUAUACACUGCUAGACAUACACACACGUGUCUAGCUAGACAUACACGCACGUGUCUGUCUAUAUAUACAUCACACGGUCAAAUCUCAAGAGUACACUGUAUGAAAUCCUCCAGCCUAGAGGCACUGUAAGCACUAUAUACAGUUGGACCCCCUCCCCAAAAAACCCCACCUCUGUCCACCUAGCCCCCUCAGGCCGCUCCUGUAGUUGAGCCAGGGAGGCUGUUUGCAUGAUGAGUGACCCUUACUCCAGAUCACUGUGAACAAAAUACAGCACUAAACAUAUUCUCCCCAUGAAAUUAUCAUCAAACCUAAUGUUUUGUAAUCACUUCUGAGGGGCAUACUAAUUGCGGUUGCGUAAUCCUUUCAGCCUCUACUCCAUCUUUAUGGUAAAUAUAGCAUGCUCUGAGGUACACUAAUACAGUAGCCAUGUCUCUCUCCCAUACUCUAUAUCUGAAUGGGUGUAAAGUUGACCAAAUUACAUAUGGUAAAUACACUGUGCUGAUGCACCGCUCUUCAUGCAAGAGUCACAAUUUGCCCAGACUGUAAGCCUCUGGGUCUACAGACUGUACAUACAUCCUGCAUGUAGCUGAAUUAGCUUCAGGCUUGUAGCCCUCUGACUGAAAUGGCACCUAUGCCUUUUCAUUGACAUACAAACAGUCCCUUUGUCCAGUCCGUCCUCAAACCAUCCUCUUGACACAAAAGGAAAGAUUUUUAUUUGUAUAGAACUGUUUGUACAUUUCAUUUUGUAUGCUAAUGUUGCUCAUUGUGUUGCGUGUGUAGCUAGUAGAUCAUUGAUGUGCUGUGUGAUAGUGAUGGUUUAAGACCCGUGUAAAAGUAAAUAGUGUUUGAUUAUAACACUCAAGGACACAUGUCCAUUUUAAACGUGCCUUUCAUUUUUAAUAAGCAAAAUUCUCCUUCUUGUUGUUAUUGUUGAAUUACUCAACUUUGCUCGUUCACAUUUAUAUUAGUAAGUGAGAAAGACUAUCUGGGUUUGUGGGAACAUGAAGUAACAGAGUGAACAGUGAGUGAGACCCAACCAGGAACUGAGGGAUUAUGUUGUGUCCACCUAGAGAUGCUGUUUUGCAUUAGACAAUAGCUGAUGAUAUGUUUGCUCAUACAUCCCUGAUAGGACUGCUUAAAGUCUGUAGGAUUAGUUGUCAAGCAUAUCUCCAGUCAAAGGUAGUGGGGAUGAGAAUUUGAAGUUAAUAUCAUGAUAAUUUGUGUACAUGUUUUUUUGUACAUGGUAGACAUGAGCAAAUGUGUUAGGGGUUUUUGCUAUAAUGCUUUCAUACACUAGAGAACUAGUUGACUGGGGGGUUUGUUUAGCAUGCAAAACUGGUGAGUGAGAAAGUAGUGUAUCUUUAAACAAAGACAAAGUGGACCGGACGAUUUCCCGUCAGUUUGUUGAUUUCUUUUCCACUGUGCUUGCAAGAACAUAAAUGAAGAGAUUUUUUUUGUACUGUAAACUUAAAGUUGUUGUAGGUAUCUUUUUUUGGUCACAUCUUUUUAUGUGUUAAUUUAUUUGAUGAGUUCAAAUGGCAAUUACGCUUCUCAGGAAGAUCAGUGUACAAGAACCAAUAAACGUUUUGGAAGUUU